AAUAGAAAAUUAGAACACAACACACACGCAGACAUAUCCAUUGGCGUCUCAACGGUUCUUGGCAACUCUUAUUACCAGAAAGGGAAGAAGAGGAAAUAUAUCUCCAGAGAUAGGGUUUUGCUGGCAGAUAGUUUCUGGGUUUCGUUCUCUCUCCUGUUUUUGUUUUCCCCCUGAAAUUUGUUGUUCAUUAGAGAGAGAGAGAGAUGGAGAACAAAGAGGAAGCUGUGGCUGUUGAACUCCCAGCUCCUGCUUCGUGGAAGAAAAUGUUUUACCCGAAGGAUGCAGGUACGCCCAGAAAGAGUGAGAUUGUGUACAUUGCCCCCACGGGCGAAGAGAUCGGCACGCGUAAGCAGUUGGAGCAGUACCUGAAGGCACACCCGGGCAAUCCUGCAAUCUCAGAGUUUGACUGGACCACUGGUGAGACCCCGAGGAGAUCAGCAAGGAUCAGUGAGAAAGCAAAGGCAGCAACUACUCCCACACCAGAGAAGGAGCCACUGAAGAAGAAGCGAAGAUCUUCUCUCACAAAGAAGGAGAACAAAAUGGACGAAAAAGCUGUGGCUGAGAAAGCCAACGGUGGUGGUGAGAUGGAUGCACUACCAGAAAAUGCUGAGGCUGAGAAGGUCAACAAAGAGGGUGAAAAGGAGGAUGCACAAGCAGAAAAGGCUGAAGCUGGGGAGGAGAACAAAGUGGCAGCUGCAACAGACAAGAAAGCGGGUGAAACGGAUGCAAUGGAGACAGAAAAUGUUGAGACUGAGAAUGAUAAGGGUGAGCUCGGGGAGAACAAGACCAGGAAUGGAGGAAUAACUGAAGAACCUACCAAAGACGAAGGUCCCAAGGACACUGAAAUGAAUGAAAAGCCGGAAGAUGCCACCGACGAUCAUGAUGAGAAAGAGAAACCCAAAGAAAACGCAGGAAGCGUGGCAGAAGAAGCGAAUGGAGAACGGGCGGAACCAAACCUUCCAGCUGAAGCAGAGGCUAAAGGAAAUGAAACCCGGGAAGCAGAGGAGAAGCAAGGCAACGGUGUGGAUGGAGAGGGGUCAAACGUGAGCCUAAAAGUGAAUCAAGAGGUGCAACAGCCGCCGGCUUCAGUCAGCUGUUAAAAUGAAGUGUUGUGUCUGGCAGAAGGAGAGUGUGUUUACUCGCUGUCUAAAUAUGAGUCGUAGCAUUUAACAUUAUGGGUGUCUGAUGUUAGGGAUUGACUCUGUAUUAUGAUGUAGGAUCUUAAUUUUCCGAGACUAUGCGAAUGGUGCGUGUGUGUUUUUUUUUCUUUCUUUGACAUCAUCGUUGACGCGUUUUGCUUUUCA